CUGUCCCCACAGCGCCAUCCGUCCCCCCGCUCCCGAGGAAGAAGAAUGUCCCAAAAACAGCUGAAAGAAGCCUUUAUCAGCAACCUAAAUGGAACGAGUUUGCUGGAAAUUUCCGCAGGCCUGUCCCUGCCUCCGCUGUGCCUGCUCUGCAGAGGGCUCCUCCUGAUCCUGUACUACCUGCACCAUGGAAAACCUGUAAGCUCAAGGAAGUACAGCCUGCUGCUAGACUUCCUGGUGCUGGUGUCUCCUCUCCUGUUCUCCUGCACUGUCUUGUCUCCAGUCAUCCUUUUCAUACCAGUUAUCCUUGCUGCCUUCUGUGCCGGAAUAUUUUCCAAAAUAUACAGCCAGAGAAAAUGGGAGGCCAGAGUGCCCUUUGGGCAAAUUGUAAAAGAAUUUCAGAAGGCAUACUUGGAUCCCGAGUGCAUUCCAGCAAUAACUGUGUUCCGUGUUUAUGUCAACGUGCUGACAUCCAUCAGCAUUUUGGCCGUGGAUUUCCCGCAGUAUCCCCGGCGAUACGCCAAGGCCGAGACCUACGGCACCGGAGUCAUGGAUUUGGGGGUGGGAGCCUUUAUCUUUGGAAAUGCUCUUGUUUGCCCUGAGGUUCGACAGAAGUCUCACACGACACAGCCCAGAUUCUCCAGUCUGGCCAGGCAGGUGUUUGCUGUGUGGCCGCUGAUUUCCCUUGGCGUGGGGCGGCUGCUGAGUGUUAAAUCCAUCGAGUACCACGAGCACACCUCGGAGUACGGGGUGCACUGGAACUUCUUCUUUACCUUGGCGUCGGUGAGACUCGCAGCAUCUCUGCUUUUGGCCAUAUUCCCCAAACAUAAGGCUUGGCUUGUGGCCCUAGCUCUGGCUGUGCUUUACCAGCUGCUCCUCAGCACUACCUCUCUGAAGAUGUUUAUCCUGCACGGCAGCGAUGGCAGGGACUCCCGGCUUGGCUUCCUCAAUGCCAACCGGGAAGGGCUGCUCUCCCUCUUUGGCUACCUGGCCAUCUACCUGGCGAGCGUGCAGGUGGGGCUGUGGCUGCUGCAGUGCAGGAGCUCGGUGAGGGGCUGGCUGCAAGCCCUGAAGGGGCUGGCUCUGGCUGUUCUGGUGCUGUCGGUGUUGCUGCAGCUGUGCCAGGCGUGCACGGAGCCCGUGUCCCGCCGCGUGGCCAACCUACCCUUCUGCACCUGGGUGCUCGCCCACUGCCUGCUGCUGCUGGGCUUUUUCGUGCUCACUGACCUCGCCUUGGUGUUCACAAAGCUGCUGGUCGAGGGGUCCAGCGUGCCCUGCUGCUGGAAGGUUGUGCAGCCCCCUGAUUCCAGGAAAAAGGGAGUGGAGGCCGUGCAGGAGCAACUCUAGCAUGCCUCAUCUCCCAGCUGCAGUGGUGUUUCUUUUGAAGUCAGAUGUUACCCUGCAGAUUCCAGGCAGUAUCCUAUUUCAAAGCCACACUGUCCCAGAGAACAGGUAUUUCUUCCAGGCAAAGAGGGCCAUGCAAAUGAACGCAGGAAGGGGCUGGCUGCCUUUCCACCGCCUUGGAGAUAACAAACAAGCCACGUGUUGCAGCGACUUGAAAAAACAUUAAAGAUCCAUGGAUAAAAAUUGUAUAAAAUGUAAUGGUGCUUUUUGUAUCAAUGUGCACUCCAAGAAUACAAAACCUGGGACAGUGGUGGUUGAUGUGAUCCAGCCAUGCUCUGGGAGUGGGGAGCGACCACAGGAAUGCACAUCCCUGCAAAGACCUAAGUUCAGCGUGGUUCAGAGUGCUCUGGUGUGAGAAUCUAUCCCUCAUUACAAAACCCCAGCUUUUCUGCUGCAGAAAGCCAUGAGAACAGCGCCUGCAAACCGUGCAGCACCGUGACUCCACAUGUGGUUCUCCUUACAGCUGCUGCACGAGGAGCUCCACAACAGCAGCUCCUCCACUAAGCAUCGUUUUUAUGCAGACACAAGAAAACAUAAAGACUCCUGCUCCUUAAAUACCUCCCCUGCACUUUCCUGUGAGGGCUUUAGUGCCUAUAUCCAUACACAACAAGAAUGAACAGGUCAGCUGUAUUGUUCAAUAGUUCAAGAAAGACUUAGGGUUCGUUUUUCUUGUUGUUGUUUUUUUUGGUUUUUUUUUUUUUUUUUUUUGGGGCUGCUUAAUUUAGGCAGCCACAAGAUUUCGAGCCGGCUGCACUGGGCUGCUGCAGGCGCCAAGCAGAGCUGUUAAAUCCUGCCCUGCCUGGCUCGGCACCAGCGCAGCGAGGGCUGAGCUGCGUUUGAUGCCGGGGCAGCGUCUGAGAAUUUACCGAGCCCCAAGGACAUCGAGUCCAACGCUUAUCCCUGCACAGGACACCCCAAAAUCGCCCCCCUGCCCGUGCCUCAGAGCGUUGGGUUCAGCGGGUUUGUACCAGCCCGAGCUCCCGGCGGGGCCGUUCGCA